AUGGCUUUCCUCUUCAAAUCGAAGAAAAACCAGCAGCAACAGGGUACCUCCCUUCCUCCCGCGACGAGAAACGUUCAUACUUCCGAAGGGGCUCCCUCCGCAUCGCCCCCAGCCCUCAAUGGCUCUAUCAAGGAUCGCGAUGGCUUGUCGCAGACUCCUACGCCUAGCAGCAGUUACAACAACUCCCUGAGUUCCAUCAACCCCAACAGUCCCGAUCAACAACGAUUGCGACAAAGAGCAGAGUCAGAAUCACAGAUCCAACGACCACCACCACAAGCGAUGAAUGGAACUGCUACUACUCCUCCAGCCACAAGCCCCAAUGCCUCCCUCUAUCCUUGGACCCAACGGCGGAUCAAUUUUUCUUCGCCGCAAAUGAACCCCUUCCCACGAUACGGCGCGGCAAUCAACUCAUUGGCUUCAAAGGAGGGCGAUAUCUACAUGAUGGGUGGUCUGAUUGAUGGGGCAACAGUCAAGGGAGACCUCUGGAUGGUGGAGAGUAGCGGCGGAAACCUCUCCUGCGUUCCAGUUGUUACCGUCUCCGAAGGACCGGGGCCCCGGGUGGGCCAUGCGAGUCUGCUAGUUGGAAACGCAUUCAUCGUAUUCGGAGGUGAUACCAAGAUUGACGAGAAUGACGCGCUAGACGACACUUUAUAUCUUUUGAAUACUUCUUCCCGACAAUGGUCGCGCGCUAUCCCUCCGGGCACACGGCCUUCUGGACGUUACGGUCAUACAUUGAACAUACUGGGCUCCAGGUUAUACGUCUUCGGUGGACAGGUCGAGGGCUUCUUUUUCAACGACUUGGCUGCAUUUGACCUCAAUCAGCUCCAGAAUCCGAACAACAAAUGGGAGUUCUUGAUUCGAAAUAGUCACGAUGGAGGUCCUGCACCAGGAGAAAUACCGCCCGCCAGAACGAAUCACUCAAUAGUCAGUUACAAUGAUCGACUAUACCUGUUUGGCGGAACGAAUGGCGUACAAUGGUUCAACGACGUUUGGUGUUAUGAUCCCCGCGCGAAUCAGUGGUCCCAAUUGGACUGUGUCGGGUUCAUCCCCACACCUCGAGAGGGACACGCAGCGGCGUUGGUGAGCGAUGUGAUGUACGUUUUUGGUGGACGUACCGAUGAGGGUAUGGAUCUGGGCGAUUUGGCGGCCUUUCGCAUUUCCACACGACGAUGGUACUCGUUCCAGAACAUGGGACCGGCACCCUCUCCGCGGUCCGGUCAUAGCAUGACGGCGUUUGGAAAGCAAAUCAUUGUCAUGGCCGGUGAGCCCAGCUCCGCUCCCAGAGACCCCGUCGAGCUCAGCAUGGCGUACGUGCUGGAUACGGGCAAGAUCCGCUAUCCUGUCGAAGCUCAGAAUACCGGAACUGCCGGUCCCGGCAUGAGGAAGAUGAGUGCGGACAAAAAUAGCCCUACUGGUCGAACCUCACGGGAAGCGCAGAAUCAUACCCCUGUGGAGCAACAGCAGCAGGUGCAGCAACAACCGCGAAGAGGCCCAGUACCGUCGCGCGAAAUGGUGGCGAGCCCCAAUGGCAGGCCGACAGAGCAGGGCCCAAGCCCAAGUCCAGGAUCGCGACUCCCUAGAGCAUCCAUUGCACAGGCGCCGUCUGGACCACCUCCGCCUGGUCAGGCUCCCACACCAGGGCCUCGGGGAUCCGCACCGCAACCGAUCAUGAACCCACGGAGCAAAACACCAACCAAGCCGGAGCGCGGAUAUGCAAGUCCACCCAUGGAAGCCAUGCGGAAUAUGGGCCCUGAGAGGGGCGGAGAGUCGCCCGCAGCCAGAGAAACCUCGAAGGAGUUCAAACCUGUUUCUCAAGAGUUUAAACCUGUUGCUCAGGAGCAACAAGUCGCUGCUCCCGCGCCAGGCGAUCGCCGAACACCCACUCAGCAGCAAUCUCGCAUGUCUGCCAAAGCCAUGGAAGCUGGCGAGGCGGCCCCUCUGAUCAGUGCACCGGCCCGGCAACGCUCGUUGCGUCAGAGACAGCGCACCUCCCUCGACAGCACAGACGAGUCGAUCCUAGGUCGUCAAGCUAGUAUUGAUGGCUCCAUUGAUUCCCGCAGUCUCCGCAACUCCAAAACUGGCGCUGGCACCGGCACCGGCACCGGCACUGGCACUGGCGAUGAGCCUCGCUCGCCCAAACUGACUCCGCAUCAGGAAGUCCUGAUGAAGGAAUUGGAUGCUGCAAAGAGCCGCAAUGCUUGGUACGCCUCUGAGUUGGCACUGGCCAAAAAGUCUGGAUACAGCCCCAGCCCAUCCGGGAACUCUGUAAACGAUCGUACCCCUGACAUGUUCUCCGAUGAGGACCGUCCCUUGAUCGAGGCUUUCCUUGCAAUGAGAGCGGAGCUCGCCAAGAUGCAGGCCACUGUGGAUCGCCAGGCGGCCAUCGCAUCGAAACGCGUUGCAGAAGUUGAACAUCAGAGGGAUCUGGCAGUUAACGAAGCCGCUUAUUCUCGUGCCAAACUCGCUGCGCAUGGCGGCAGUCAACGGGGCACGCCACAGCCGGACGCCUCCGCUCGGGAUCCCGAUGACACCAUUUCGGAGCGUGGAACGGAUAUCAGUCGACGAUUGGCCAUGGUCUUGGCUGCGCAUGCGGAACUUAGCGCCAAGCUGGAAACCAUGACAACAGAACUGGGCCAGGAGAAACAAACCAGAGAAUUGGCUGAGGAAACAAGUGAAGCCACCCGGAAGCGUCUUGCCGAGUUGGAAGUGCAGACCAAUUCGCUCGAGAUGGAAAGUCUGCGGGCGGAACUUCAUCAGGCUGAAGCAGCUGCGAGAGAAGAAUCAUUGCUGCGCUCCCAGGCUGAAACGGCCUUGAAACAAAUGACGUUUGACAAGGAGGAACUGUCACGGAAAUUUGAGGAGUCGUCGACUAGGUUGAGGGACUAUGGUGGCAACCUGGGAACCCUCAAGGAGGCCGUGGCGGCUUCUACCGGCAAAACCACGCUCAUUGAGAAGCAGUUGGAUGAGGAACGAGAGAUUCGCGAAGGCCUUGAGCGGAAGUUGCUGCAGUUGCGGUCUGAAUACGACGAGCGAACGGCGGACUUGGACAAUGCAACCCGUCGUUUGCGCGACGCUGAGGAGUUGGCUCAGAGUCAUGCCAAGGAAGCAGAAACCCACAAGAUUGCUUUCUUGUCUGGCCUGGAGCGAGCAUCGUCCUUUGACUUGGAGAACACCACUCGCUCUGUCGCGGACCAGCGCGUGGAGGCAUUGGAGUCUCACGUGGCCCGGGCCAACGAGUUGGCCAAGGCUAACCAGGCUGCCGCUGAUCAAGCUACCGACAAGCUGCGUCGUGCAGAGGAGCGGAUUGCCGGCCUCGAAGCGUAUCAGGAACAGGCGAGCCGCGAAGGAUUGCAGCUUCGACGCCAGCUCCAGACAGUCAUGAAGGAGAGCCAGGCGGCGGCUACGGAGAACCGGGAGCUCAAGGGUCAGCUGGAGAACAACCAGCGCGACGCAGGUGCUCUGGCCAUCCAGCAUUCUGCUCUGAAGGAUCUCCUUGGGGAGCGUGGAAGCAGCGCGUCCGACACCCGACGCUCGCCUCGUCUGGACUCCCCGGGAUCGCGAUACGGAACACCGGAGCAGGGUCGACUUCGGGAAUUGGAGCAGCAGCUGUCUGCUAGUCUCAAGUCCCAUGAUGAAAUGAAGGUGUUCUUUGAAACGCGCGAGCAGGAGAGCGACCGGGCCUACCGUGAGAAGUUGGAGCAACUCGAGAAUGACUACCAGUCGGCCGUCCAUUACGUCAAGGGAACCGAGAAGAUGCUGAAGCGCAUGAAGGAUGAGCUUGCCCGGUACAAGACACAGAGUGUUAAGAUGCAGUCGGAGUUGGAUGCUAGUCGACAGGAGACGGAGCGCUCGAGACUGAACCAGUCCAUGUCCGACCUGGACCAGGACACGAACGCUUCCAUUGCCAACUUGGAGCGCCAGGUUGCUCAGCUGAAGACGGACCUGGCCUCUGCGGAGGAGGUCAAGGUCAAGUCUCGAUCCGAAUACAGUAGCAUGCAACAAAAGCUCUCUGCGUUUGCGGACCGGAGCCGUGCCGAACUAGAGCAGCUCAAGCAAGAGAACAACUUGUUGGAGACCCGUGCCUCCGACGCCGAGCAAAAGGUGACCAUGUUGCUGGACCAAGUAGAGAACUCUGUCGGCCACUACCGUCGGCAGUCCCAGCACGGCGGGCAGGGCCCCAACGGCAUACUACGCACCCACAGCAACGCAUCGAGCAACACGAUUGGCCGGACCCGCGCGGAUAGCAACGUCUCGCAGGACGACGACCCUUCGUUCCCGGACAACCGUGGGUCAAUGGCGCUGGACUCUCUGGCCAAUGAGCUGGAGGCUCUCCGCACCCACUGGGAGAGUACUAAUAACUACCGGUUGAGCACGCAGUCUGACAUCGACCGCACCCCGACCAAGGAAACGCAUGAUGGCGGUGGGCUGAGUGACAGCCUGGCGGAAUGGCGGCGACGAUUGGAUGAUGAUACGUCGCCGCGAGCUGAGUCGCCUGUUGCUGGUACGGCUGACCGGGGCAAGUUUAGCAAGCCCGGUGAUGGCAUGGACACUACGAACAUGAUUUAA